AUGGGAGCAUCUACUCAGUUGCCAACAGAAAGUCAAGAUAAACCAGAGCCACCUCGAGUAUCAUCAACGGAUUCAAAACCGGAUGUCGAUCAAGCUUCUCAUUCAACAGAACCUGCCGAUAACAAUAACGCUGCUAGAUCUUCAUCAAACCCAAAACAUGAUGCCGAUUCAGCUUCUAAUUCAAAGAAAACUACCGGAACUCAUAACACCAUCAAAACUUCGCCGAAAUCAAAUCAUGAUGAUUAUCAAAAUGCAGCACGUGUAAAUUCUGAUCACAUUGGCAGUUCGAUUAUUCGGCUCACUGAUGUCGACUGUGACAAUAAGCAGUUAACACCAAUCGAGGGCUAUCAGAAUAGUCCAAUUAUAACACUGGAAGAAGCUCUCAAUCCCCUAAAAGACGUUAUUUCUCGCUUGGAUGAAUACAUACAUCAUGCUAAAAAAUGCGCCAAAGUGGAUGCUUCAAAUAUUCUUAAUGUUGAUGAAUCAGCAGCCAUAUUUUUAUACACUAUGCAUUCAGACGAUACAAGUUUCAGUCGUAUGUUUAAUACAGCACUAAGAUGUGAAGACCGAACUGAUCUCAAAAGCUAUUGGUUUAAAUAUCUCCAACUAAUAUGGUCAGCACUUAAAAAAUUACCUUCUGUCAAAGGGCAUGUUUAUCAAGGUAUAGCUACGCAAAUUAAAGAGAAAUAUCCAAAGAAAAAAACUAAUACUUGGUAG